UAUGUAAUAAAAUUAAGAAGGUGAUAAAGCAUUAAAGGAACAAUAUUUAUAGGAUUAAGUUGAGAAAGGUUUAGAUGCUGAUUAAUGUGCAUAAUUUCUUGUCUCUUUAAAACCUGAAGGUGGUGAUGAUAUUGAUAAUUGGACCUUAGAUGAAUUGAGUAAAUUCUAUAUAUAAAAUUAUUAGAGUUAGCUAUUGAAUAAUUUAAGGAAUCUUAAAAAUAAGUGGAAGAAUAAUAAACAAAUAAUACAGAAGAUUAAGGAAAUCUUUAAUAAGCAUAACCAUAAGAAUAACCAUAGCAAAAUUAAUAAAUAAUUUAAUAAAGUAAUGCUCCUGUACUUGUUAAUUGUUAUUAAAUUUUACCUAAUGAAUUAUCUGGUGAUAAUGUGUCAGUUAAGAUAUUGACGUAAAUUUAUAUUAUAUUUAUAGAUAUAAAAAAGAAAGUGCUGGAUUCUUUUCUUCUUCAUACAUAGUAUUUUAGAUUGAAACAUAACCUCAUGGUUGGAUUGUAUUUAGAAGAUAUUCAGAUUUUGAAUGGUUAAGAGAUUCAUUAUAAAAAUUUUAUCCAGCUUUUGUUGUUCCACCUAUUCAUAAAAAGAGAUCAAGAUCUUUUGAAGAUGUCUAUCUUAAUAAAAGGAUGAUAUUUUUGUAAAGGUUUCUAAAUAGUAUAUUUAAAUCUUAUGAAUUAAAAAGUAAUGUUAUUGUUAAGAACUUUUUGAGUCUAACAUAAAAUAAUGAAUUCAAAAAAUUCCAAGAAGUAUAAAUAUUUUUAUCUUUAAGAGUAUUACUAAAUCUGCACCUCCAUAAACAGUAUAAAGAAUGUUCUCAAAAGAUGGUCAAGUUAAUUGUGUUGCUCCUAUUGAAAUAUAUUAAUAUGCCCAUUAAACUUAGGAUUACUUCUAUGAAAUAGAUGGAGUCUAUAAAAAAAUUAGAGUUUUAAGUAAAAGUCUUAAAGAAAUAUAAUUAUAAAACUCAUUAAAAAUAUAUUGUGUAGGAGAAAUAUUUGCAUCUUUAUUCUAGCAUUUAAAUAAAUUAAAUUAAAUACUCCCUACAGGAUAAGCAUAAGGUUUAGCUGCUACUUUCUUAAAUUUAAAUAAUACUAUGAUUACAUGGGGCAAUAUUAUUGGAAAAUAAAUAGAAUAAACAGAAGAGUAUUUAAAUAGUUUCUUUAAAUAUUAACAGCACUAUAAUUCAUCUAUUAAAUAAAUAUAUGAAACUAGAGCAGUUAUAUAGUAAGAUUUAGAAAAAUUCAAAUCAAAAUUACAUUAUAAGAAGGAACGAUUAUUUUAAUUAGGAGAUAUUUCUAAAUGGGAUCUAAGCAAAGAUAUAAAAUUAAAUCCAUAAGAAUUAUUAUAAAAUAAAAAGCUUGCAUUUCAAAAUAUGUGUGAUUAAGAAACUAAAUAAGAAAUGGGAAUGGAAAUGUUAGUAGGAUAUUACACAAACUAAAUAUUUACAUAAACUUAAUAAUUUUUCAAAUAGCAAUAAUAAGAAUUAGUGGGACAUUUUAUUAAAUUCUGUCAAGUAUAAGCUUUCAAUAUCACGGAUGUAAUAUUUUAUUUAAAUUCAAGCAUCAUUAAUUAUGGGCUGAUGCAAUUACCAAUCUAUAAAAUAAUUUAUUAAUACAAUAGCGGUAGACAUAAUAAGUAGUUGUAGAAAGUAUUGGCUGA